AUGGUCAAGGCAAUCUGCGUAAAGGCUGAUAUGGAAUGGAGGACUGCAUGCAAGCCGUUGGCACCUCGCCGCAGACUGUCGCGAAACGCUUUCCUGUUGGCGACGCACAAGAUUUCCAAACGGGGGCCAGUCCAGCCAGCCUUGGACGACGACGAAUACAUAUAA